AUGACUGCACCCGAGCUUGAGACCUACCCCAUCGGCAGCCGCAAAGAAUGCGAGCGCAUGGUCCGGGAUUGGGGAUUUAGCCAUGUCUUCACCUGGUCGGAUGGGAGCAAUGCGCACUACCCGCCUCAUUCGCACUCUGGGUUGACGACCCAUCUGAUCCGCCAAGGGAGUCUGACCAUCACGUACCCGGAGGAUAAUGCUGCGAUCCAUGGAGGAGAGGUCAAGAAGGAGACGUGCGGCGUGGGCGCGAGAUUGGAUGUGCCGGCGGGAAAAGUACAUGAGGUGUGGAUUGGAUCAGAGGGAUGUGAGUAUGUUAUUGGAGAAUGA